AUGCGAUCUCUCACUUGGUUGAUCUCCCUGCCCAUUGUGGCCGAAGCGGGUGAAGUAUUGUGGAGCGGAUUCUUCAAUGAAAGCGCAACCGUUGCCGACUUUGACGACUGUAGGUUUAUUCUGGAGGUAAAUCGAACUCAUUCUGACAUGUCAGGGUCCUGGUCCAACCAGGUCGGCGACUGGCAGUGGUAUAUCCAUGGCAGUGCAGCCACCGACAAGUAUCUCGGGCUUGCUCAGGGGUACAAAAACCCGGCCGAUACUAGCGACACACAAGGCAUUCGGAUCACGAUUGAUGGCACAUCGUUCUGGAAUGGUCAAACGAUGGAGCGAUCCGAGAUUAUACCCCAAACCAAGGCAGACCUAGGGAGCGGUCACUUGUUCUAUCAUUUCUCGCUGAGCACAGAAGAGAAGAACGCCCCCAACCCAGCAUUUGAGCACCAGAUCGCCUUCUUCGAGAGCCAUUUCACCGAGCUGAAAUACGGUCUUCUGAGUGGAGCGUCUGGCAGUGAAGACAACCAGCUCCGUUGGUGUGUUGACGGGACCUCGCAUUGGGCGACCGAGUUGGAAGCUGGGACCUGGUACAACUUUGCCUAUGACAUCGAUUUCGACGCGCAGACGGUGGGCCUCUGGGCCUCCAACGGAUCUCACCCUUUGACGCAAGUUGUGUCUAGUGUCAGCGCCUCCACUUCGACCAACUCGGCGGAUUGGCACAUUGGAGAGUUGCGACUGGAUAAUGGCGGGUCGGACUCGGCGGCGGAGGAUUGGUUUUGGUCUGGCAUUUUUGUUGAAAAGGCCCCGAUCACGGCUGCUAUUGCCGGUCCUAACGCGAAGUGA